AUGGCUCAAGGUCCAAUGCAGGCAUUAGCAACACAGAUUGCUGCCUUAGUACAGCAAUUACAAGGUGAUCAAGACCCAAUUACAUGGCUUGAAGAUAUAGAGAAAGCAUUCGAUGCAAACAUGAUUCCUAAAAAUCAAAAGAUUUCAGUAAUAGUUCCAAAAUUGAGGGAACCAGUGGCGAAUUGGUGGCUUCAAGUUUUACAUCUAAUUUUAUCACUAAAUUCUGAACACCUGAAUUGGAAGCCAAAUGAGAUGAUUAGAAGAGUUGAAUCAGGAGAACACCAAUAUCCUAAUACUGCGAAGGCCCAAAUGUUUAUCAAUAGAUUGUGUCCUGAACUCUAUAUAACAGUGUCUCCAUUAACCCCUAAUACGAAUAAUCUGAUGCAUACAGCUUUUAUGACCCAACCUAUAGAAUAUUCAACAUAUUUACUACAAGGAAUGGUUGGUACUCCAGUUGCCCCUCAAACGAACCAUAAUAAAACAGAAGAGGCUCUACUUAAGCUAACAGAGGCUAUCAAUAAAAUAAUAACUCAGUAUCAAGAUCAAAGGAGACCAUAUCGGCAGCAUCUUAAUUCUCAGAAUAAUAAUAACAAUAAUCCCAAUCCACCUGUUCAACAACCACCUGCCCAUCAUGAAUACUGUGUUAUUGCAGAAAAAAAAAAUGUUAAAGGAAGAGAGGAUACCGUAGGGUUAGGCGAAACUGAAGAAAUUCCACCUCAAGAUGCCAAUAUGGAUAAUAGAAAUGAGAUUGAGGACAUAGAUGAUAAUGUUCAAGAAAUAAUUCAUAAACAAAAAGUUAUUGAAAAAGAGUUGUCCCAAAUUUCUUCUUUGGUUCCUCUAUAUUCAAUUGUCACCGAUAUUAGGGAUAAACUAGCUAAUAUCACUUAUAGACAAUUAUUAAGGGCAUCUCGAAAUAUGCACCAUGAAUUAGCUCGUUCCUUACAGAAGAAGAGAACUGUUACAAGAAAGAAGGUCCAGAUAGAUUCUCAGGAAGCAUUGUCCUUCACACCUGUUAAAAAAUUGAGCAUAAGAAUUGAGCACCCAUCAGUAGUGAAUAUGAUUAAUAUUCAUGAAGAAAGUAAACAUGCGAUAGGAAAAAUUUCUAACUUCCCUUUUUCUGUAGGUGGAAUAGAAAUCCCCAUUGUGUUAUCAUCACUGAUGCAAUAUCUUACUGUGCCAUUAUUGGAUGAUAAUACUGAAUACAAUGACAAUAGGUUAGGGAAAGACUGUCAUAAAAAGGAACAAAUAGAAGAAGGUCAAUGUAUAGCAGAUCUUUUUGAUUACUGCUAUAAAAAUGGAGGUCAAAUACCAGAUAGGAGAAUUGGAAACAGAUUAAGAGCAAUGAUUGACCCAACUCCUUGUAGAGAAUGUCGACCUCUGCGCCCAAAAUCUAGGAGAACUAGAAUAUACAAUUUGAACUUAUCAUGA